AUGCAACAGCAGUCUCUUCAGAAGGCUAACCGCCCUGGUAUGCUGGACUUCAAAGGCAAAGCAAAGUGGGAUGCCUGGAAUGCAUUGAAAGGAAUGUCCAAAGAAGAUGCAAUGAAAGCUUACAUAGCAAAAGUGGAAGAACUAAAGGGCAAAUAUGGCAUCUGAGGACUGGAUAUAGCAGCCACUUGCACACCUGAAACAUGCCUUAUUUCUAAUACUGUGGAAAACUGGUUUCUGAGAAUAAUUUUAAAUACCUAGCAUAUUAUAGUCGGUUCUCUUCAUGCCUGUAGUUCAGGGGAAGUUGUGUACCUGCCUAAUGUACUGACAUAUCAUAAAUUCCUUCUGGGAACAAAAUCUGGAACUCAUUAAAGUGCAUUUGGUACUUUA